CCCGCCGCAGCCGCGGCAGCAGCUGGUCUCGGUGUAAACAAGUCGAGGCGGCUGCGAACCGGGCCGGGGGGGACGGCGCCCAUCAGGAGCGCCCCCCACUCCCAGGCCAGGCCACCCCACAGACCCGGCCCUCCACGCGCCCAGGCGAGGUGAGGUCUGCACCGACGUCGCUGCGCGUGGCCCCCGCCCCGCAAGCGAGGACUGCCCCUUCCCCCGCGCGCGCCCCCAUCCCCUCGCCCCAGGCACUGGGCUCCCUCUGCUCCCCGUGGGCCGCUCCCCGCGUGGGGCCACUGCCCUUGGCCCCCGCCAUGGUGCGGAUUUCAAAGCCCAAGACAUUUCAGGCCUACUUGGAUGACUGUCACCGGAGGUAUAGCUGUGCCCACUGCCGUGCCCACCUGGCCAACCACGACGACCUCAUCUCCAAGUCCUUCCAGGGCAGUCAGGGGCGUGCCUACCUCUUCAACUCUGUGGUGAAUGUGGGCUGCGGGCCAGCAGAGGAGCGGGUGCUGCUGACAGGUCUUCAUGCUGUCGCUGACAUCCACUGCGAGAACUGCAAGACCACUUUGGGCUGGAAAUAUGAGCAAGCCUUUGAGAGCAGCCAGAAAUACAAAGAGGGGAAGUACAUCAUUGAACUCAACCACAUGAUCAAAGACAACGGCUGGGACUGACCUAGCUCCUGAUGCAUGUGGCUUCAUCCUAGCCUGGCCGCCAGGGGGAGCCACUGGUUUCGCUCCUCCUGAAGGGAGCUCUGGACCCUCAGGGCCCCCACAGGGGAAGGAUCCAGCUCCUGUACAUAUAUUUUAUUGCAUGCACUGUGACCUUGGGGGGAAAUUAGGAGGGGGAUUACACCCCCAGCACCUCCCUGCGAUCUGGCUGGCUUGGAUCUCAUUUUUUAACCCCUUCCUGUCCUGCCUGUCCCAUAGAUAUGGCCUGUGUGCUGCUCUCAUGGCCCCGGUGCACUAUCUUUCUGUGAACUCCUACUGGAUCCCUCCUACCUGCAGUGUGUCUGUUCUCGUUCUGUAGCGUUUGUAAAUAAUAAAACAAUGGAAUGGA